AUGACGCAGCAUUUGCUUAGAUUAGGCAUAGGUUGCAGCCAAGUGGAUUCGCAAGUUGAAUUUGUAUCGUUAAAGAUAUUGAAGCAAUCGGCAACGGUGCAGCAUGCAAGGGACUACAGCGGUAUCGACUGGGCGACUUUGGAGAAAUGCAUAGAAUUCAUGUUUCAAGAGUACAAGACCAAUAGUGAGGGUUUGAGACAAGAAUUGGCUGGUUUUGCCGUGGUAUGUGUGGGUGUUGUUGCCGAGUCUGUUUUGCUUGAGAAACGUGCGAGCGAUGUCAACUAUAGCGAAUGA